AUGACUAUUCAACUGUUUUUACUUAUCAUUACCAUUACCGGUCUUGUCGGUUCGCCAAACAUCCGGUAUAUAAGUGGAGAACUUGAUUCCACUAUCUCACUUCGAUGUGAAAUUGCUCAAUUACCAUUCAAUGCCGUUAUAACUUGGGUUUAUCGACCAAAAAUUCCUACAGUAAAUGGCAUAAAAUGGUUACCAUUAUAUGCCAAUGCACGUCGGUUAGCUCAAAAUAAUCGACGUUUUAUUGUUGAUUAUAGUGGUUUUAAUUCUCAAACUCAAACACAUUUAUCCAUAUUAACUAUAAAUCCAUUAAAUCUAUCCGACGAAGGACUCUAUAUGUGUAAAUCAAAUCAACAUCAAUCCACAGCCAAUAUGUAUAAUUUAACUGUUACCCCUUCAAUGAAAAUUUUACCUAAUGAUGGAAUUAUUGAAAUACAUAAUUUACAACGAUCACUUAAUUUAUCGUGUACUGUACGAGAACUUUCUACAGCUAUAAUCGAUCCAUUGAAAAUAAAAUGGUAUCAUAAUAAACGUCCGAUAAGUCAUCAUAGAAAUGUACCUCUAAUAAAUAAACAUUCUGAAAAUAAUCAAGUUACAUUUAUAUUACAUAUAAAUAAUUUAUCAUCGAACGAUUCAGGUUUAUUCGAAUGUAUUUAUGAUAAUGGUUUAAUUAGCAAGAGUGUUCAAAUAUUUCAUACGUCUUCGGUGCUUGGAUAUUCUAAAGCUACGAGUGAAAAAUUAUUGUCUUCAUGGAUAUUAUCAUUAGUUAAUAUAAUGAUCAUCAUUUUUAUUACAAUCUGA